AUGUCUGACACUGUCCGUCGGAAUGGGCAGCUGUCAUCGUGUGAGCCUUGCCGCAAAUCAAAACUGCGCUGUGAUCAUGGUCGACCUCGAUGUGCUCGCUGCGCCAGACGCCGGCUGACAGAGCAAUGCUUCUAUCACCCUGCGCCGAUGGCACGACGCCAGCGCAGCGAGUCGCACGUAGCCGCAGCUUUCGUUCCAGCCGAUGUUACCCAGCGGCCGCUUGAGACCAUGGCAGAGGCAUCGAGCUUGACAGUAUUGCGCUCGAGUUUAUCCUCGUCUCUGCCGACGUCUUCUUCGGCCUCGUCGAUUCCUGCUGCAUUUGAUCUAGCUACUGGUUUGGUUACCAUGCAAAGUUAUGUUUUGUCACCAACAGAGGUUGAUCAAACGACAUCUUCACGCCAAUACACGUCCCUAACUCGUACUGGAGUUUCUCAUCUGCUGCAACCAUUCCAUGCGCAUUCUUCUCUCGUAAUAGAGGGUGAAAACUUACUGCAGCUGCUCCUUGACCACUAUUCCCACCCAGACCUCGAAGAAUUGGUCGAAAACUGGUAUACAGAUCUCGGAGACAGUCCAGUUGGUGGUCCUUUGGCUAAGGCGGCUUGGCGCGCCAUUCAGAGCAAUGUGCAGAACCUUCAUUCUAGUCGAUCACUGAACCGCCUCCAGGCCACUUCUCGAGAUAUUUUUGACAACACUUCUCGACCACUCAACAUGCCCACGACGGCCGCAGAUGGCGCUCUUGAAAAGGAACUUUGUUCUAUCCGAUGGGAAACUGUUGGAAUGUAUUUCGCGCUCAUCGGGAUGGUUAUUGCAUCAACCAAAAAUUCCAGCACCAACUUUUCGGGUCGCCAGUGGUUCGGCGACCGUAAGGCAACGUCCAGUGAUGCUUUUGACGCCUGUCUACGAUGCGAGGCUCUCUGUAACCGCGUUGGCCAAAUGAACGACCUAUCCGUGUGGCUUGCGGUCCUGGCCACGACACUCUCCACCUGGUGUUUUGGUGACGAUUCUUGUCAGGCCUGGCGUCUAAUGGGGAAUUUAUCGUCCGUCAUAUUCGCCCUCAACUAUCACAGAGGCUUUCAAGAUGACAUGAAUACUCCAACAUACUUGAUUGAGCUUCGAAAGCGAGCCAUUUCCCUAUCGCACGAGCUAGAUAAGUCCCUGGCGACGUUUGUCGGUCGACCACCACGCUUGAAUAGGAGCUAUUGUACCAUAGAAUUACCCCUUGACCUCUCAGACUCGGUCAUCGUCGGGCCUGACGAAAUGUUAGAGCUACAAAUAUCGCGACUAGAUGAUAAUGGUUGGAAUAAAGACAUGGCUGUACAUCCAGCGUCUCGUCAGCGAGCGAUCAUUUGGCUAAGCUCGAUCCGUGAAGAAAUCCUCGAGUUGUCACUGGGAACUAUAACUCAAGAUCUCGUUCAUGAAGCUCAGGGAAUACUGGCUCGGUCGUCGUCGACCUGGGAGACUAUGCCUCACUUCAUGCAGUAUAAGCCAUCGCUAUGGGGCCAAAUGGUACCUUCGACCAUUCUAAUGCUUCUGAGCCUAAAGCUCGAGUAUUUGUAUAGCCAAUUUCUUCUAUACAAGAUACUAGUGAAUCAAAGCAGUGGCUAUCGUCAUGCAUUGAUUCAAAUUUCCCACGAGACCCUAGGGCUAGUGCUCUCAGUGAUGAAGGAGAGAGAUUUCAUAGGCUCCCAUAGGAUCGACUUGGAAUGGACGAUGGCAUUCUACGCGAUGCCAUGCGCGAGUGUCUUGAUUCUGGAAUUGUUUCGACUAGCCAGCUUGCCAAAACCACAGCCAUCUGUCGCUUCGAACAGGUCGGCCAUCAUUCAGGACAUCAGCGUUCUCAUAUCAUGCUGCGACUGGCUAACUGAGUCGGGAAAGGGCAAUUAUGAGUUGUGCAAACAGGCUCAAUUGAUCUUCUCGAAAGCUCUGGACCAGAUCCUAAAUCAUGAGAUGCCUUUAACGCGAUCACUGCCGGACAGCCAAACCGUGAAUAUGUACGAUGCGCCAUCGGCAGAGCUUACUGAUGCUCAAAACCCGGAAAAUAUCACUCAAGAUCUGCAGUGGGCAGCAUGGCUGGAUACUGUUGACUUCCAAGGGGAACCAUGGCUGGAGAUGCUAAAACCUCCCGCAAACUUUUUCGGAGACCUUGACGAUUACUGCUACUGA